UCCCAGCUUUGACGUUAGCAAUCUCCAUUAAUCUAACCUCAAUAAGCCAAGCCGCCAAUACACACCACCGCCCCGUGACGACUCCUCCGAUCUCCGGCCAUGGCUGCACGCCGCCCCGGAUCGCCCGCGCUCUCCCUCCUCCUCCUGGCCGCCGUGCUCCUCUCGGCCUCGCCGCGGGCGGCUCGCGCCCUCCGGUUCGACCUCGAGUCCGGCCACACCAAGUGCAUCUCCGACGAGAUCAAGGUCGGCUCCAUGGCCGUCGGGAAGUACCACAUCGUCGGCCCCGACCCCGGCUCCCCGGACGCCCCGCUCCCCGACUCCCACCGCAUCUCCCUCAGGGUGACGUCGCCGUACGGGAAUAGCAUGCACUACGCGGAGAACGUGCCGUCGGGGCACUUCGCGUUCACGGCGGCGGAGGCCGGCGACUACCUGGCCUGCUUCUGGGCGCCCGACCACAAGCCGCCCGUCUCCAUCGGGUUCGAGUUCGACUGGAGGAGUGGCGUCGCGGCCAAGGACUGGCCCAACGUCGCCAAGAAGGGGCAGGUCGAUGUGAUGGAGAUGGAGCUGAAGAAGCUAGAGGAAACCAUCAAAUCGAUCCAUGAAGAAAUGUUUUAUCUACGUGAAAGGGAGGAGGAGAUGCAAAACCUGAACAGGCAAACGAACUCAAGAAUGGCGUGGCUCGGGUUCCUCUCGCUCGGUAUCUGCAUGUCCGUCGCGGGACUGCAGCUGUGGCAUCUCAAGACCUUUUUUGAGAGAAAGAAGCUUCUGUAGUUUUUCCAAGGUCAAAAGAAUAUAUUGCAGCACGAAAGUGGCUAGGUGUACCUUUUUUUUGUGUCAGCGGUUAAUUUAUGUCGCCGAGCGAUUACUUUGACCCCCUUGUAAGCAACAAUGUGUAUUAUACUCUAAAUUAUAUCUAACUGUGCCCUAGCUUGUCCAGUUGAAA